UCUCUCUCAAAAAAGAAGAGCGAACGCCUUCGAGUUAUUGUCUAGUUGUUAUUUCAAGAAAUGGACUUGGCUUUAUCCAUGGAUAAUAUUGUUAUAUCCAAUGAAGAAGAAAAUUCUUUGACGAAGGCUAUGAACCUUCCUGCUGGUUUAUAUCUUAACAUGGUUUUAAGAGCUGCCAUUGAACUUGACUUAUUUGAGAUCAUAGCAAAAGCUAAUACUCAACUAUCUUCUUAUGAAAUAGCAUCUCAAAUUCCCACAAAAAACCCUAAAGCCCCACUUCUUCUUGAAAGGAUUCUAAGGUUUCUUGCAAGUCAGUCUUUUCUCACAUGCAAUAUUACAAAGGAUGAUGAUGGGCAAACUCACACAUCAUAUAAUUUGACACCUUUGAGCCAGAGUUUAAUCUCAGAUGAAAAUGGAUCAUCAAUUGCUCCCUUUUUACUAAUGACUACUGAUCCAGUAGCUGUCAACUCAUGGUUUCACCUGAAAGAUGCAAUUCUAGAGGGUGAGAUACCAUUCAACAAGGCCCAUGGAGUGCAUGAAUUUGAAUACCAUGGAAAAGAUAGUAGAUUCAAUGUGGUGUUCAACAAAGCUAUGCAAAACCACACUUGCAUUGAAAUGAAUAGAAUUCUUGAGUGUUACAAAGGCUUCCAAGGAGUAGACGAGGUAAUAGAUGUGGGAGGUGGACUUGGGAUAUCGCUAGCUUCUAUAUUUCUAAGUAUCCUAAAUAUCAAGGGUACCAAUUUUGACUUACCUCAUGUCAUCAAAGAUGCUCCUACUUAUGCAGGCAUAGAGUAUGUGGGAGGAGAUAUGUUUAAGAGUGUUCCUAAAGGGGAGGUAAUCAUUCUGAAGGUCAGUUCUCUAGCCAUAUAUAUAUAUAUAUAUAUAUAUUACACUUAUUUAUUGCUCCCUCUAUUUAUGUGAUAUUCGAUUCCUUCUUAUUAGUCUGUUUAUAAUUGAAAAUGACACAUUUUUAUAUUGGACGAUAAUUUAACUUAGAUUUUAGAUAUAUUUCACCCCUAAUAGCAUGUUAUAUAGCCACAUAAAUAUUACGGCAUAUGUUUAAGAUCAUAAAUUUCAAAAAUAUUUCUUUUCUUUCUUAAAUUUUGUGGUUAGUUAAACACCACUGUAUAAAUUGUAAGGGAUAAGGCAUCAUUACCCCCCUCACCUAGUAGCGUUUUUGCUACGACACACCUUACCUAAUGUUUGGUCCUAUCACCCCCCUAAACUAUUUAAAACCGUAAUUUUUUACCCCCUAAACACUGAUGCCCACUCUCAUAUGGGAGAGUGACAUACACUCUCCUUGCCACAUGUGCAUUUAUUUAUUUAUUUUCUUUUUUAAAAAAAAAAAAUCAGCUUACGUGUCAAUUUUCAAGAAUAAAAAAAUAAAAAACUGAUUUUUCUUUUAAAAAAUUUAUUUUUAAAACCCGUUUUUUUUAAAAAAAAAUGAAAACACGAAUUAAAAAACUGAAUUUUCUUUAAAAAAAUUA